AUGAUGAAAAUUCCGGCGAGGUUCGACCGAGCUGCGGCGGCUUACAACUCGUUUUCCGGGCAGACGGACACCGUGAAUCUGUCCGCUCUCGUGAAUUCGUUUCUCGAGCGAGAAACGACGAACGACGACGACUGGAUCGAUUUUUUCGCCGAUGAAGCCGACAAUCGCGCGCCGGAGAGCGACUCCGAUUCCCGAUAUCUAUUGGAGAAUUUGUUCGGCGCAAAAAACGAUGUCGUCCGGUGGAAAAUCCACACUGAGGUGGAGAAGUCGCUUGCAGAGAUCGGCUGCGAAAUUGAAAACGAACGCUCGGGUUUUAACCGCCGGCUUGUGGCCAUUCUACGCGGCAAAGGCUUCGACGCCGGUGUGUGCAAAUCCAAGUGUGAAAAGGGCGGCCACCGGAGUUACCAUGACCAUGAGUUCGUCGACGUCUAUGCAUCUGGUAGCCGGUAUGUGGUCGAGGUGUUUCUUGCCGGAGAAUUUACAAUUGCGCGGCCAACCGAGGGCUACGCCACCUUGCUGGCGAUGUUUCCCCGAAUUUUUGUCGGGAGACCUGACGAGCUCAAACAGGUGGUGAGAACCAUGUGCGCGGCCAUCGGGAAAUCGAUGAAGACAGUUGGCAUUGCUGUGCCUCCGUGGCGCCGCUUCGCAUACGUGCAGUCGAAGUGGUUCGGGCAGCACGAAAGAACCACUGAAGGCUCAAAUGCCAGUGGUGAUUCAUCGCCCGACUUUUUUGCACGACAAGUGAAGGGGAUAUUGUUCUAUUGCAGGGAAGACUUCUCGUCUGCCACCGACAGUUGA